UGCAGCUUUUUCUAAUGACUGAACAGAGCAGUCGCGAAUUGCGCUUACAGCGUUUGCGAGAAUUGGAUUUGAGACGGAAUGAAGCUAGGAAGCUCAAUCACGCUGAAGUAGUCGAGGAGGACAGACGUUCCAAGCUUCCAGCCAACUGGGAGGUAAAGCAAAAACGACUACAAUGGGAGGAAGAGGCUGAACAGUUUCGUGCUAUGUGUGCACGGGAAAACGUUGAUCCUGAUCGAGCUCGGGUUCUGGAUAUUAGCGCCGACGUGGCUGACCGCAUUGAGGCUAAGCGCCGGAAAAAGUGCAACACCGACGAAGGAUUCUCAUCAUAUGCGGACGCAUCGCAUCGGAAAUAUCUCAAACAAGUGAGGCAAAUGAAACCGGAUUUAAAGGCCUACGUAAAGGAAAAAGAAGAGCUUGGCGAACUCAUGUUCCCAACUGCUAACACACUUGGACUCCAAGACCGUAAGGACGCUCCGGAGGCGGUCAGCCGUUUGGCUAAACAGGUAGAAGAACAAGGGCUUAAACGCCAAGCCUAUAGUCGACGCCGACCGUUCGAUGCUGACGCGGACAUAGAUUACAUCAAUGAGCGCAAUAAACGGUUCAACGAAUUGCUAGAACGGCACUACGGAAAGUACACUGCUGAGAUCAAGCAAAAUUUGGAGCGCGGUACUGCUGUAUAAUAUUGUCCUUUAACCUUUACACUUUCCCCUCCCGGUCUUCCUCUCUUUCUCAUGUAUAAACACUUGUUUGGUACUUUAAAUGAUGUUCUUUUUCUUUCCUGGUCCAAGUCAGCCUGACAUCUGUCCUCUUCCUGAAUUGGCGGCUAAGGGAUCGACCACCCUAAUUCACGGGAGGUUUUCUGAAUGUGGCGCCUUCACGAAUACAGCUGUGUUCACUCCCUUUGUCUCCACUCCUCCCUCCGACUGUUCUGUCUCUGUUCAUCUCGCUUAAAUUAAUCUUUUACCGAUCACUUUAUUUUAUUGCGACCAGUUGCAUUAAGGCACUGAGCGUGCUCGACAACGCGAACUGCGUUACUCCUGACUCGUUAGAUCAAUGAUCACUACUCUGCUCGUCCAUACGGCCUAAUAAUUUUCGUUUUAGACCACUGGUUCGGGAUAUGCUGUUUGAUGCUUUAAUCCUUCUGGCGCCCACAUCAUAAGUGCCGGUGCCAUCCAUCGCUCAACUUCUCGCAUUUUCACGACAAAGUCAACGCUUUGGUCGUCCCUUACAUUCAUCUUUCUAAUUCCAGUUUUGAACGGCUGGUCGCUUGUUCCAACGAUAGCGUUUGUGCGCUCCAUCCGAACUCGUUGCUUCCCAUUCUUGAACGGUGUAUUAUCUACCUGACCCAGCUAAUUACUCUUCGGACAAGUAAUAAUUGCUGUACUCUGCACUGGUAGCAUCAUUCAGGCGCACUGUUUUGUUGCACACAUCGUAUAUAUCAUUUGACUUUGAAAUCCGGUUUGAUAUCUCACACAAACAGUAUUUCGCUGAUAGCAGUAUUAUCAAUACUGUAUUCCCCGGCAGAGUGAAUCGUGUGUACAAUAUAUCAUGAGCUGCCUAGUUUUCAGGCCCAG